AUGCAAAGACGAAGAAUAAAGCCUUUACACCUAUCAUCGUCGGAAGAGGAAGGUACCGAAGAUCUUGACGUGACCUUGGGCAACGACAACGAAUCCAUUGUGGAACCAAUAUCCGUGCCACCUGUUAUUUCGCACAAUGUGGAUCCAGUGCCCGAUGAUAAUCAACGUGACGGCCAUACGGAAGCCUGUCCUCAAGAGGAAACCAAUAGUUCCGCAGAACCCGAGCUAGAUCCUGAUCUACUAUCAGCCAUCGGUGAAUCCACGUCGGACUCACCUGAUUAUGGCGAUGAUAUUCACGGUAAUUUAUCACAAUUGUGGCUUCCUUUGCUUAAGAAAGGAAUACCUAUACCUAGUAAAGACAUCCUAAUGAAAGAUUACCCUAUACCAGAGAAUUGUAGACUUUUGCAAGCACCGAUAUUGUAUGCAGAAAUGUCGGCGGCAGUACCAGAAAUGGUUCGCAACCGGGACAAGACACUUACUGCAUCUCAACAGCAGCUCGGUACGGGCAACACUGCCAUCAACAGAGGCAUGGACCUGCUGCUGAAGAGUGAUAACAAGGUUCUAGCCAUGAAACACUUGAGCAAUGGUUGCCGCCUACUUUGUGAUUCACACUACUUGACAACGCAGGCACGAGUAAAAUUAAUCACUCCUAGUUUGGACAAGGCCUUCUUAAAUAUUGUUAAAGAGUCCGAACGGGACAAGUCACUAUUUAGUUCGUCCUUGUCUGAGAAAAUUAAAGCCGCCAAAGUCAUUGAGAAGCAAGGCCUUUCCAUUGAAAAGCCUGCAAAAACUGCAAAGCCACCUCAAUAG